AUGGCGGGAGCAGGGCUUCUGAUGAGGACGGGAAAACCGCAGUCAAAGUUGGUGCGUUAUCUUGGACUCCCGCGGGAUGCAGCCCCGCGGCUAUUUUACUCAAAUAUUGACCCAAUUGCAGCUGUCCGUGUCCGGCCGCCGCUGAAGCCCACGGAUCCCGGGUAUGAAUUGAUUCCGCAACGAUUCCAGCGUUCCAUGGUCCAUGUCACCUCGCCGACCAGCUUAGCCGUUGAUGUGCCCCAAGGUCGCAAACUGUUUGUUUUUGAUCGCGUCUUCGCCGAAACCGUCGAUCAAGCGGGCAUCUGGGACUAUCUCAGCGAUAGCGUCGGUUCUUUCCUGCAAGGCUACAAUGUCUCUAUUCUGGCCUAUGGCCAGUCGGGCGCCGGUAAAUCCUACACAAUGGGAACCGCUGGCCCAAAUGAGCAAGACGUAGAGUCUUCGGGUAUCAUUCCGCGCGCGGCUCAACUUCUGUUUGAGAAACUGGAAGGUCCCAAGCAUUCUCGCACUAGCUCCACCGGGCUCCGCACACCGUCGCGUUACUCUAUCAGCUCUACAUCGAGCUUCGGAAAAUCUACCGUCGACAAAAACUGGCAGUUGAAAGCCACCUAUGUUGAGAUUUACAAUGAACAAUUGAGGGAUUUGCUCCUCCCCGACUCCGUGUCCGCCGCAGACCGCAGUACCGUUACUAUCCGCGAAGAUACCAAAGGCCGCAUAAUUCUGACCGGUCUGCAUCAAGUCAACAUUAACUCGUUCGAGGACCUUAUUGGCGCGCUUAACUUCGGGUCAUCUAUUCGGCAAACUGAUUCCACUGCCAUCAAUGCCAAAUCGUCGCGAUCUCACGCUGUAUUCAGCUUAAACCUUGUUCAACGAAAGUCCGCCAAUGGUGUAACAACACCGAGAGAGAAGCGCAUGUCGAUGCCCACCGACCUCUCCGGAGGCGACCAGUCCAUCACCGUCGACAGCAAGCUUCACUUUGUCGAUUUGGCGGGAAGUGAACGGUUGAAAAAUACCGGCGCCUCUGGUGAGCGCGCCCGCGAAGGUAUUUCGAUUAAUGCUGGUCUCGCCGCGCUUGGAAAGGUCAUCUCGCAGUUGUCCUCCCGUCAGGCCGGAUCUCACGUUUCCUACCGUGACUCCAAGCUUACCCGGCUACUUCAGGACUCACUGGGUGGAAACGCUUAUACGUACAUGAUUGCCUGCGUCACCCCAGCAGAGUUCCACCUCAGUGAAACUCUGAACACAGUUCAGUAUGCGCAGAGAGCGAGAGCAAUUCAAAGUAAGCCUCGUAUCCAGCAGGUUGCCGACGAAAGCGACAAGCAUGCUGUGAUUGAAAGGCUUAAAGCCGAGGUCGCUUUCCUGCGGCAACAAUUACGCAAUGCAGAAGAUAGUGAUCGACGGACAGUGGCUCCCCAGGAACGCACAGAACGUCAGAACGAGCGAGAGAUUGAACUCCAGAACCAGCUACUUGAUGUCCAAGAGGGCUACAACGCACUGAGCCAGCGGCAUGCGAAGCUAAUAUCCGAACUUGCACGGGAUUCAAGGCCUGCAGAUGCAGAGAGUGAGUCUAUUGUGGGCGACUCUGUCGAGAGACUCAAGCGGUCACACUCAUUUGCGGAAUCGGUCGAGCAGGUCGUGCUUGAAUACGAAAAGACGAUCCAGAGUCUCGAAUCUUCGCUUUCAAGCACCCGAGCUUCUCUGGCCAGCACCGAAAGUACCCUCCUCGAACGCGAGACCAAAUGCACUUACGUAGAGACCGUCAAUGCGCAGCUUCAGGCCCGCAUCCAAAAGCUCAUGGACCGGGAGGCGAGCACGGAGACUUAUCUUCAUGAGCUAGAGUCCAAGAUAGAUGGUCAAGCCUCUGGGGAAGAGCAACACGCGGCAAUGGUGUCAGAGCUCCGUAAAGAGCUCGCCCGAGCUCGGGAGAACGAGGCUAGCUGUGAAGAAUAUAUUUCCACACUAGAAGAGCGCCUAGCCGAGGCCGACCAGGAUAUGGAACUCAUGCAACGCGAGAUAGAUCGGCUGGAGCAUGUUGUGGACCGCCAGCGGAGCCUCGGAAAACUGGAUAAUCUCCUCUACGAGCUCGACCACAUUCAGCAAAAUGGCAAGAAAGACGACCAAACCCCUGAACAGCCUGAGAGGACGUCCACUCCUCCAGGAGCAUACCAACCUCGAAAGCGCGGAUUGUCUCUUGACGUGCUCACCGAAGCCGCCGAAACCGCUAUUCCUGAUUCUGACGAGGGUCUGUCUGAUCCGAUUCCUGAAGAGGACGAGGACCAGGCUACACCCAGCAAGCCCGUGUCAAAACAAGGUGAUUCUGGCCUAAAAAUACUCGAAAGUGCUACUAGCCGCCUUAAGUCAGUUCACGAUGCAGAGCCUCUGAGCCCCACCCAGAUGCGGGUCGUCUCUGAUAAAUUGGAAACCGUGACUCAGGAGCUUUUCGAUUUGCGCAUGCAGCAUGAGAACACACUCAAUGACUACGAGGCCCUCGAGGCCAAGUACGAGGAAGCCAUGAGAGUCAUGGCGGAGCUUCGCCAGGACGCAGCGGACGAGGCCCGCCACUCUGCCUCCCCCCAAAACCUUACCGCUUCUCGCCCGAUCUCUUUUUUAGAGGAUCCCAAGGCCCCCGCGUCGAAGACUGGAACACAACAUUCCUUCUCGCAAUCACUCUCAUCGGAGUUAUCCUUGGCCGGGGAGCCUGCGACUUCGCGAGAUUCAUAUAAUGUCAACACUCCUCAGACUACCGUUGGUUCACAGGACGGAAGUGUGCCGAACGGGACGCACGACGACGAAGAUAUGCGCAAACUCCUUCUGGAGCAUCAAGAGAGCGUGAACGCAAUGAAACAAAAGUACGAUGAGCUUCAGGCCGAACACGAGGACACCUUGAGCUUGAUUGAGUCGCUCAAGGCCGAGUUGCAGAGAUCUAGGUCUUCGUCGCCGCCGGCAACUCCUGGCUUCAAUGUCAUCCGUAGGAAGACCAGCCAGAGCAUCAUGUCAAACCUUGAUCGCGCUCACCGAUCUUUGAAUGGAAUGCGUACUAUUGCUGCUGAGGAAUUUGCAUCCCGCCCAGAUACUAUGCAGAACUUUGAACUUCAUCUCGAGGGAGCGAUGCAUGAACUCCAUGUGCGUAUGGAGCGGAUUCAGCAACUUGAGGCAGAGAACCAAAGUGUGAAGAAGGAGAUGGAGAUGAAGUCCACCAUCAUCUCUGGACUCACCCGCGAGCGAUCUAGUCUGCAAGGAGCUUCCCCUGUUGACCGUGGUCUCGUGAAUCAAUUGCGUGACCAGGUUGUUCAGCAGGAGAACACCCUCAUGCAGAUGAAGGAAGCCCAUGAUCAGAGGGAGAAGGCUCUCAUCCAGGAAAUAGAAGAGCUCAAGGCAAUUCUGAAGACCCAGGAGGAAGCUGCCAAGGCCCAGGAUGCCCAUGUGGAGGAGCAGGAGAAGAAAAUUACUGAUCUUGAGGGUGAGCUGACGGAGUGGAAGAGUAAGCACCAGACCGCUAUUGAGUCUUUACAAUCCUCCGAGAACCAGCUCAAGUCUACCCUGGAGGAACUGAACAGUGCACUUGCCACAAUUGACUCUAUGGGCUCAGCCAAUCCUGCCCGUGACGCCACGGAUAAGGAGGCGGCUGCCACCGAGCUGGAGAGUGAGCGUGCCCGACAAAAACAGGUUGUCGAUGAAUUGACCCGAAAAAUUGAAGAGCACGAAAGCACGGCUGCCACCUAUCUUGAGAAGAUCGCGUCCCUUGAGAAGCUGCACGACGCCCAGAAGCAGGCAUCUGACUCUGCAUCCACGUCAGCCGAGGUUGAAUCGCGCCAGGCUCGUAUUGCGGAAUUAGAGCAGGAGAUUAACAGUCACAGGAGUCUUGUUGAGUCGUACAAGAAGGACUUGGAAUCUUUGCAGGAGUCUCACAAACGAGAGUUGGAGGAGCUGGAAUCACGGGCAAAGGCUGCAGCUGACGCUGAGCAUGAGUUGCGCCUGGCGGAGCAGAAUAAACAGCACGAAGAGGCCAUGAAGGCUCUGCGUUCUGAGGUCUCAGAAUCACGAGACGAGUUGGUUAAGCUGCUCGGCAUGGUUUCCAACCUAAUCAAGUCAGAUGUCACCGCAGACAACCUCGCGGACCAGAUACAAGACAUCCUAAUGCAAAAGCAGCACUUUUCUGACAAGUACGCCGAGCUGAUGGACACGAAUGAGGAUCUUCGCAAGCAGAUUGAAGCAAGGCAAAACGAUGACAGCCGUGUGGAAGAGCUCAACAAGGCUAUUUCCGUCAAGGAUGGCAAGGUCAACGAGCUUGCUCUGCUUGUCGCUACCUUGGAGGACACGCUUCUGCAGCGCGAUGAGCAGAUCAAGAAGAAAGACGCCCUCGUUGCCGAAGCCAUAGCUGAGAAGCAAAAAAGCGCGCGCCUCGUGGAGGAACUCGAGGACCAGAUCACAAACAGCUUCGACCAACACAACAACCGCCUCUCAGUUAUCCAACAGGAGCGCGACCAGGCUUUAGAAGACGCCAAGGUCAAGAUCGCAAACUACGAGAAAGACAUCGAGACCUAUCGUAUGCGCAUUGAACAGCUUGAACUUCAAAUCAAGAACCAAGACCCUUCGCACGACCGUAGUAGCUCUCUUACGUCCAACCUCCGUAAGAGCUCUUCAGCUGCUUCCCUUCCCUCCCCCCCGCCCGCUAUUCCUCUUCCACCUCUUCCCACCAUCGCCGCCGGAGCAAACGGUGCUUCCUCUCCCCCCAGCUCUCGUCACACUAGCAAAGAGCUUGUGGGCAGCCACGUUGUCGAGGAACAGGAGGCACGUAUCCGUACUAUCGAGAAGCAUCUCAACGCUGAGAAGCAGCUUACCGCCACGUUGGAGGAGGCGCUGGGCGAUCUAGAAGCCCAAAGUAACAAGGUCAAAUCCGACUGCGAGGCUUGGAAAAAGAAGGCUUGGCAGCUGGAGGAGGAGCUGGCUACGCUACGUAAGGAGCGCAACUCCCAGCGCCUUUCUUUGCAAGCUGUCGAGGAGGAGAGGAACGCCCGCCGCGAGGCCGAAGCAGCCCGCGCCCAGCUCGAAGAGCGCAUGGCUGCUCUUAACAAGAAAAAGAAGAAGAGCACCCUUAAUUGCUUCUAG